CAAGGUGCCGGGGAGAAUCGUGAGCGCGCAGUUCGCGAGCGUAGCGUGUCGGUUAAUACGCGCGUUUCGGCCCUGUUUUUGCACGAAGGCAAGGUAUCGAGGAGCAACACGAGUUUCAAGCGUAGGAGCGGGGAAUUCGCGCGCAAGUUCGGGUGCUGGCAGUUCGGCGCUUCAGGAGUCUCAAAGGGGCAAGGGCCCGCGUAGGAUGCGCGUGCGCUCACGGUUAACCGUCAAAAGCAGCGAAAAGCCGGAGCAGGAACGGCGGUAAACAGUUGGACCGAGUUCGGCGCAAACCACGAGCGGGCCAGAAGACCCCAUCUUCGAGGUCACUCUGAAAGCCCUUUGAAGUGAUUCAAUGUUUUCUGUACUCUUGGUGUGCGCCGAUAGCUACCAGGCUCCUCCAAUACCACCGUUGGACCCGACGUUCUCAGAGUUUCGUGGAUCCGAAAUUAGGCAUGUACCUGUCAUCAGAGUAUUCGGAUCUACGUCAACCGGUGAGAAAACAUGUUUGCAUAUACACGGAGUGUUCCCAUACAUGUACGUGCCAUACACAGGAGAAGAGGAUGGAGACAGCUUAGCAUAUCGACUCGCUGCGUCAUUAGACUCGGCGAUUAACAUUUCUCUAGGAUCGGCUGGAUCCAAUAUUCAGCAUGUAUUCAAAAUUCAGCGUGUUUCGGGAGUACCGUUUUACGGAUACCAUACGAGAGAGCACCAGUUUUUUAAGAUCUACUUUUACAAUCCUGCGAUGGUUAAGAGGGCUGCGGACUUGUUGCAGAACGGUUCGGUGCUCGACCGCAGUUUGCAACCUCACGAGGCGCACAUACCGUACGUAAUGCAGUUCAUGAUAGAUUACAACCUGUACGGGAUGAGUGCGAUAAAUCUUCUCAGCGUGAAGCACCGACGACCCGCUCUCUCAAAAGACGAGGCGGAAACGACCCUCGAUGGCGGGUCACUGGAUCGAGGUCGAGCUUUCGAGGAGUAUCUUCCGACCUCCGUGCUUCGCCAGAGCUCUUGCAAGCUGGAAGUCGAUGCCUGGGCUUCGGAUAUCCUCAACAGGCGGACCAUCCAGAAGGGGAUGGAAUUGAACCCAGGACUGGAGGCCAUUUGGGAGGAGGAGAAAACCAGAAGGUCGCGCGCCGGUCUUGGGGAUUCCGACUCUCAGCUGGUCAACCCCAAAAGUCCAUCUCGGCCAUUUUGCCCGCCUACGGAAAACGACCUAUAUCAAAAGCGACGGCUCGAGCAAAGGCUGCUCAGGAUAUCCCAGAAUGACGAAAGCAUUCUGUUCACGAAUUCAAAUCCGUCUUCCUAUCCGAUCGAGUCGUCGGAGAAAGAGAGCCUGCUGAACGCUUCGUACAUUGAAACCCAUGUUGGGUCAUCUGUGAGGAACCAAUCUUCGGGAUCUAUCACACGAGGACAUCUUGAGUCGCAUUCGCUUAACGAGUCGAUACAAGGGAGACUUCAGGGAAGCAGCGUGGACUCCAGUAUCUUGGAUGCAAACGACCUGUCCUUGAUGGAACUGCUGGCUAAUUUAGCUUGCGACGAGGAGGAAGACAAGUUCGACGAGGACAGCGUCUUGAGUUCGCAGAGGUCGGGGAUGCCGGAAGAUCCUAAGAGCGAUAACGAGGACGAGGCGGUAGACUUAAAUCUCACGUGUUUAGAACUGGACACGCUGAGUUCCUGGGACCUGAGUCAGAAAACGAAUAGCCAGACAAGAUGCAUCGAUAAAGACAUUCCUGCGGGAUGCGGUUCGCUCCGAUGCAGUCAGUCCGUGAAAGAUGCCACCCUGGUCGAGGUCGAGUGCUUUCCUCAGGACAGGUUUCCCCAGCUCGAUGGGGCCGGGGAUUUGUCGCCAAACAAGUUGAUAACUGAGGAGUCCCGGCACAUCAGCAAGGUUUUACCAUACCCCCUAAGAGAGACUGCACCUCGGGGCUUGUCGAACGACCUGGACAAGGUGCGGGUCAACAACUCACAGCAUCAAAAUCCCGGGGGAAGCGCCUCGAGCCACCAAGCCGAGGCACUCUUCGACUUGAACCUAUCCUCCACCUUGACCGACAGCCUCUACAACAUUGAACAGUACGGCGGAGUUUUCAACGAGCUGUUCACUCGGUUCCCUGAUGGCGGUCCCGACCUAAGCUCCGACCUGGAGAACCUGCAGUCGACCGUAGAGAUCGGCAUGCUGUCGCCCAGCAUCGAGGACGCGUCGGAGGCCAGCAACGAGAGCACCGAGGACGAGAAGAUCCCCUUGGACAUGGUCCUCACUGGAGACCCCUGCUUCACGGAGAGCGCCGUCUUCGACAGAUCCGACCUUACCGAGCUAAGAGAUCAGUACGUGAGUCUGUUAGGUAGUGCUCUGCUUCCCGAUGUCCAUCUAGGACCCGUAAUCGAGGCGACACGAGGACCGGACGACGCGUCCGAGUCCAAGCGCGAGAAAUCCGAGGCCCCGGUCGGGUCUAGGUUCACCAGGUCGCAUCUCGCCGACGGAGGCGGCAACGGCGAUGGCGGAUCCGGCCCGUCGUCGGAGAACGUCACGCCCAACAUCCAAGAGCCGGAGAACGCGAGUCGCGGGAAAGUCAAGAUGGCGGACGGCGUCACCGAGGCCCCCGAGACUGGAAAAGAAGGUAGCAAAGUUUUCCCUGACAAUUCGGAUUACAAUUGUAACGUAGUCGCUACUUGGGAAGAGCUUCAGAACCUGAGGUUCGUCGAGAAGCAGUCCGGACGGAGAAGGCGGACCAGGAGGAACGGUAAGCAGAUCCUGCACCGGGCAAACAACGACGGCAGAAACGAGAGGACGCCUGCCAGCAAAUCGAAGAGGAACGCCGAUGCUUCAGCCGGCGUCCACAGCGACGCCUCCUUCGUCGUCUCUAACAGGAUCGACGACACCACGAUCAAGCUCGUCCUCAGGAGGGAGAGGAUGGUGGACGUCGAGAGCGUGAGGAACGACCCGAACAGGAAGACGUACGCUUGCAAGAGGGCGACUGCCCUGUGGAGUGGGAAGGAGAGGUCUUUGCACAGGUCGCCUAGAAACAGGAAACAGGUGUUGAGGGGUUCGCACGAUGCUAGCCAGAGUGGUCUCGUCCAGCAGGUAUACGAAACCUCGAGGGAGAGCAGCUCGGUUCCCAGCGAGUGCGUCUUGACGCACGGAGAGUUGGCCUCUCUGCUGCCGGUCUACGCCUUCCCAGUCGACGACGUUAGGGAGACCUUGCCAGGAACUCAGUGCUCCAAGUACGAUUCCGUUAACGGGGAGACGCUGGUCGACGAGAUUCUGCGAGACUUCGAGGAGGCCAAGCGGUGCCAGGAGCGUUCGGAAAAGGAGAACCACCUAACUUCUUUAACUCCGCCGAUCGACUCACAUUACUCGUAUUACUGCUCUCAACAGUCCCACAAUGGCUCGAUUUACGGUACCCGAAGUCAUGUACAUUGUGAAAUCGGGAGGAAGGACAUGCACCAGAACCAUGUCCACUCUUCGGAGCACAUCUGGGUGAUCGAAAAGCGGAAACGGGGGAAGCCGAAGAGGUUCCAACCUGUCGUCUGCACCAAGACUGGGUGUCUACUUCCGGUCAUCUUCUUGGAGAAGAUGCACGUCAACGACCCGAGUCCUGGGAACACGACCCUGGUCGACGAGAACCGAUGCUUCCGGGUGGCGGAAGGUGAGUCCUCCUGUCGAGACCCGAAACGCUUCCCCAUGGAAAGCGCACCUUGCCCAGCGAUAAACCAGGUUACAAUUGAUCAGAGAAAACUCAUUCGAGGUAACUGCGAAGUGAAUCCGACGCCGAGCGAUUUACCCGUUGCUUGUAGCCAGGUAGAGAAUCCGAUGACAAAAAGAGCUGGACAGUCUCCUUCGAAGACCGCCAGUCCUGCAAAAGUGGCCGUCACAGUGAAAAGCUCGAGGAACUUGCGGGGCAUUAUUGGUGAAAAGACUCCGGUUAUAAUCAGUAAAAUUUCUCCCAGGUCCCCGACCAAGAGGAAACAGAGGUUGGUCCUGGUGAAGCUGCAUAAAGCCUUGGAUGAGCGGCCACGCGGUUCAAGCACCUUCGAGAAGAGUAUCGGCGAAAAGAGCUGCGAGAAAAGUUCAAAGUGUCACGGAAACUCGUCUCUUCCGAUGGAUUCGAGCGUGGUGUCGGACUCGAAGACCUCUCUGACGAGUAGUUCCGUCGACACACAAGGUGACUUCAAGAACUCCCCGAAAGAGUGCGAUAGCAUCGACUUAUUACGACCGAUCUCCCUUGAGAUUUCACCUAGGAGAAUCUUACCUCGUCGCGGCUCUCCUAAGAAGAAUUUCCCUGGCUCCCUGAAUAAGGAUGAGACCUACUUGAAGAGACACGGUACCAUCGACAACGUCGCCGAUGAAGCUAGCAAAGUGUCCAGCAAAGCUUCGAGCUUGGAUCGAGUACCUUCGAUGGAGUUGCAGUUGUCUUCUGCCUUCAACUGUUUGACUGAAAAUGUAUCGCUGCCGGUUCAACUGAACGUUUCAUCCGAAUUUCGGUGGCCCGUGAGAUUGUUCAAAGAGAAACAAGUUGUCAAUAGCGAGGGACUGGUUACACUAUGCGAGCCAGUCUUGAGUAUCUGUGCCGACAAGGAAUCGAAGCGCAAUGCCUCUGGGUCGUUGGCAGAGCUCCUGAAAGCGGGUGAAUCAGAACUCAAAGAGGGAAAUAAGAGAAUCAACGGUAGCUAUGACGACCGCUCGAGUAUGGACUGCCUAGAGAACCCGAUAGAGACCAUCGACCAGGAGAAGAUUUUGUCGUUGGCGCGCAGAAGGCUGUCCCCGAGGAAACAAGGAAGAAGAGGCAGAAGAGCUCUCGAUGGCUCGAAUAAUAACAUUCGGAUAAUCCUGCCCGAUGAGAAUCGGACGAAAGACAUCGACGUAGAGGUGUUUGAUGAUAAAUCCUCUGCUCACUCGGUCGACUCUGCGAUCAGGAUUGAAAAUGACGAGUCUUGCACCUUACGAGAACAUGUUGAGGUAAAAGUGUUCGCCGUUUCAGCAGAAAUUGUCGAAGGAAGUGACGUUGAUGUAAGUAUUAAUCCUGAAGUAGCCUCUGCGAGCCUCCUCGCUCCCCCCGCGGAUAAGUUUGAAAAUAACAUUCUCGAGUCCAAUGUCAUGGAGGACAACCAGGAUUUUGUCGACUGUGCGGAAAAACUCGAGGAAUGCCCGAUAGUAAGCUGCGUGGAAGACAUUGGUCUUCCGGAAACGGAGCCUUCCGAGGAGCUGGAUUUAGGUGGAGACAGAGAGAAGUGCAUGGACGACAUCGAGUUGCCUGAAACGGAGCCGACCUCGCAACUGGAUUUGGUCACCGAUCAACCUGUUCUUCCUACGGAUGACUUUGUCGGUCCUGACAGUACCAUGGACUUUCACCAAUGCAGAGAGUAUGCCAUCGAUGCGAUAACAUCGGAGAUACCAAAGUGUCUCUUCGAGGAGGACUCGAAUUCUGAAGAGGACAAGCAGGCUCCAGAAGAGCAAAGUGAGGUGGCCUACAGGGACCCUAACAGCAAAGCUUCGGUGAACAUCAAGGAGGAGCUUUCGCAGAGCUAUAUUCCUGAUCAUAAAGGCUUGGAUGUCUAUGAUCUGGAUUUAAACUUCGAUAGCAUCGACGUUACCGAUGACGAGACCAUGGACACCUCAGCAGGGUCCAACGUAACUUGUUGCACUGUGACAAAAGAUAAUACGGAGACCCUGCAGUCUGAUAAGACUGUUUUCCCGGACUCCGAUAACAAAAUUAAUCAGAAUUCUGAAGAAUGUUCAGUGACGGGAAAUUUGGGUAACGGUGGCGUUUCUAUUAAUGAAUGUCCCGGUUUUCAAGAUUAUCCCAUGAUUAAUCGAAAUAGUCUAGAAAAUGGUAGGACUGAUGAAAGUGGGGAAAUUAGUGUUCGUGGCGAUGAAAAUAUUUUAGAUAAUGAAUACAUAUCAGUAGAGUCCGGGGAAGGAGUUACAAGUCUUGAGGAACAAUCCGAGGAGGGUGAAGACAAUGUGGGGAAUUGUAACACCGAUAAAUGCAGUGCCAUCGAUGAAGGUCAAGAAUGUCUCGAUGGUAAGUCCUGCAUGGAGAAUCAUGACAUCACAAGAAAAGGAGACAAGUAUGACAGGAUAGUUGAGAAAAACGAUGACAUCGACGAAGGAAAUAAGGAUGAUGAGUGUCAAAACAAGGAGUGCCAGGAAAAUAUCAAAGAUCAUGAAGAAAAGUACAACGACGCUAAUGAAGAUAAAAGUGAAAAUGAAAGUGAAGGAGGAAAUAGAGAAGAAAGUAUUAAUGUUAGUGGUGAUAAGUGUGACAGUGUGGUAAGAAAAGUGCAGAAAUUGACUCCUGCUAUUGAAGAGGAAUUUAAUCAACUUGCUGAGAAUAAAGGAAAACCUGUUAGCAAGGAAGAAUCUGAAGAGUCAAGUGACAUGGAGAAAAAUUUUAACGAACGAAAAGUUAUCGAAGAUGAAAGUACCACAAAAGCUAUAGAGGGAAACAAGGAAGAUCAGAGUGUAGGAGAGGAUAUUUAUAACAACAAUUUAGAAUGCCAUAGCAGUACAACCGAUGAUUCAGAAACGCAGAAGCUUGAAAAAGAACGUACCGAUGAGAAGGAAAUGGAUGGGGUAGAUUCGAUUCAACAUAAUGCCGUAACGGCAUCAAAUGAUAAAGAUGAUACCAACAUGGUACAUGACAAAACUGAAGAACCAGUUUGCGAACAGCUUAAAAGUUGUAAACGUGUUUCUAUAAAGUUGGAAAGGGUCGAUCUGAAUCGGAUGAACUUGACUCCCACGAAAAGUAGGAAGGUAGAAGUUACAAAGGAUUCUCCAAUGUCUCCUCGAAGCAAAAGUCAAUCACCGGUCGAACUAGAACCAGGAGCUGCUAGAACAAGGAAGGUAAAAGUGAAAAAGCAUGUUCGCUUUAAAAUUAAUCCGACUCAUAGGUCAUGGGAUAACGAGGAAAGCGAGGAAUCAACACGGAAAGUUUUGAGAUCACUCAAAAACAAAGACAUUGUUCAAGAGUUGCCUGAAACUACUGACUUGAUGAAGAACAAGCAGGAUGCCACCGAGCAAGAGGCAACGAAGAAAAUUAAAAAUUCUGAGACAACUAAGAAAACUCAAGAUUUGGAGACAAUCAAGAAAAUCGAAGCCUCUAAGGCAAUGAAGGUCACGUCUGUAUCCCUAACACCAAAGGAAGCACCCUUCCCGAGAACAACGAAGAAACCAGAAAUAUCGAAGAAAGCGGUCGACCAGAAACAAUCGAAGCCAGCGAAUGAACUUAAGCCACCAGAAGAAACACCUAAAGUAACGGAAGAAGUACGCGUACCAUCGACGGUGCAAGAAAUCCCUUCAUCAGGGACAUCAAAAAAGAUCCAAGCAUCGGCCGGUGUUAAAAAAAGGAAACGAACUGCAGAAGAAUUUACCCUCAAAGAAGCUAACCUUCUAGAGUUGAACUCCGUCGAGGUAUCGACAACCUCUAAGACACGAUUGAGGAGGGCAAAAGGUUCACUCACGAGAGAAAACAUCCCGAAGAUAAAUCUUCAAAACCCAUCAAAGAAGAAGCAGAAGACGGCAGAAGCCGAUUCAAAGACAACCCCUGAAUCCUCCGAUAAAUCUCCCUUAAUUAAAUUACCAAAACAACCCAGCGAUUCAAUUACACCGAGAGAACAUCCCGUCCUCGAAGCGGCGACACCAGCCGAAGAGCCCUCAAAAAGGAGGAAGAGAACCCUCGAAAACGAGAUUGAAAAAUCGAUGACCCCCGAGCCAGCAAGUGCUCCAGUGGAGGACAAAACCGAACAGAAAAUCCAAAACAACGAACUCUUGAAACGUAGAGUUCUUCAAAUUAAGGUCUCAUCUCACAAGAUGUCGAAAAUGGCUCGAGUGGUGGAGAAGAUAUUCGUCUCGCGGAAGAACAAGGUGCAGAGAAUCUUCUUUGACCCUAAAUUGUUGAUCGUGAGAACGUCGUUCAACGAGGGCCGCUUCACCAAACCGUCAAAGAAGCAAAACUUCCUCCUGCACUUCGGCCUGUGCACGGUACGACCCGACAAGAUGGAAUGGCGAGCAGUAACCUGCAAGACAGCCUACAUGCAACUAAAGGAGCCUCGGGUGAUGCUGCAAAAGUUGAGCCCCAGCACCCUGAGGAAGUACCGCAGGACCUGGAAGAACAAGGCGAGUACUACGAAGCGCAGGACCCAGAAGAAGAGCAAAAGCAAGCCGACAAUCCCAGCAUUGGACGGCGCAGCGGACGUCGACUCGGAUUCUUCCGACGAAGAGCACCCUGAAGAGGAAGAUGUGACGAUCGUACGGGAGGAGACGCGCGUCUGCAGCUAUGGGGCCAGAGCUCUCUCGGCUCCGCCAUGCAACGCGAUUGUAACGCCCGUUAAGAGGAAACGCGAGGAACCUAGAGGUAACGAAUCGCCGCUCCGAGAGUCGCCAAAACGAUCAAGUACGUUGCGGAGCCCUGGAGCUAAGUCGCGCGGUUAUCGUCCGCUAAACAUAAUUGUGACAUCUCCGAAGGUACGUAAAAGUUCCGCGGGCGCGAUAGCUCCCGAAUGCGGGGACGAAGGGACUUCGCCGCUGCACACGCCCAGGAUAGGAGGUCCACUGCGGGACAGCCUGCUGCGAGACAGGGUCUUUCGACCGUCACCUGCGCUCGUCAGUGGAAAAGAGAGUUCGAAUGAAAUUACCUGUGCACCGGAACAGCUUGGUGAGUUGCGCAGGAUACCCGAUGGCAGCCAUGCGAUGACUAGAGACGCGGUGCUGAAUAAUUCUGUAAAUCGUGAGACGAGAGGCGACGACGUCGAUCAGGAACACGAAGGUGAUGAUCACAGCGGAAGGGUUCGCAAGAGACUUUGUUUCAUGCCCGUCGAGGAGGAAUGCAAGACGUCCGAAAACGUGGACAAUGUCGUCGUUAAGCCUCAAGAGAGCAUUAUGGAAAAGUCCCUAGAUCACCAGGUUGCUCGGAAUAUCGAACGUGAGACUAAACGCGAAAUCGAGUCUUCGGAAAAUCAGCCCGAUGUCGAUUCGGAAACGGAGUUGCAGGCUUUAGACGUCGCUCAGAUAAUGGCUGAAUCGGAUUUAUCCGAUGGUGAAAACAACGAUGAAAGAUUUCUUGAGAUUCCUGAACACCCCGAUGGAAACAGAUGGGAGCUGGCUGAAGCGGGCGAUCAGCUGAUCAUACCACGUGACUUUGACAGCUCGCAGCAUGACGACGACAGACGCGAAACCGACGAAGAAGCCGAAGAAGACGCCCUUUCUAAUCUCACUUUCACGGAAUACAUGGACUCACGGUUGAACAAGCUCACCCAAAUAUCGUCGCAUAAAUCGGAGUUGAUUCGCGGCGAUAAAAAUCGAGAUGUCGCGAUUGCUCCCAAAUUUGCACCGCCCUCGCGUAAGAGAGUAAUCGAGAGCAUGGAGUUUUAUGGCAUAGCGAAAUUCCGAAACGUGGAGGCAUUCUACAGCGUUCAGUCGGACGUCGCAAAGCGGAAGGAAGUCUCGCACCGAGCUGUCAUGGUACCUGGUAAGGGAGUGACCGAUUUGGCAAAGUUUAAGUCGGAAUUGAACGACGUCACCGGUAUAACGCUUUGGCGAAGGAUGAAGGCCAACGAGCUGGAACAGUUUGGAGGCAGGAGGAAGUCCAACUUGAAGCGUGGUCUCGCAGGACAUAGAUCAUUGAUUAUAGAGCCUCUUCUUGCCCCUCCUAGUGUCCACGACGUGUGCACGUGGCUUAAAGUUAGGAAAUAUAUGAAGAAGAAGGAGGAGUCAUGCAAGCUUGCAACGGCUGAGAUGGGUCCAAGGUCGAUAGAGUCGACAUCCGAGGUUCUUUCAAAUACUGCUGGACAGCCUGCUGAUGGGACUUUCAACACGAGGGGUAGCAGCGAGAAUGAACGUCUUGGGGGGAAGAGCUCGAACGACGGUGCCGAUUCUUAUUUAAAGAGGGCGUUAGAGAACUCGAGGCUUUGGGGAGACGGCGACGAGUCGAAAAGCGGUUUCGGUUCCGAGGAAAGUGGUCCGGCUCGGCGGUGUACCGAUGAAAUGUUGAUUUUGAGGGGAGGCCUCCAAGGGAAGGGCCUUCAGAGGGCGUCAAAAAGCUCGAACGAGAGCAUCGAUUCUUCCCUGAGGGGGGCUUUGGAAAACUCCAGAUUCCGCAGAGAAGGAGAGACGUCGAAACGCGUACAUGUAUCCUACGGGCAAAUUGAAUGCCUCACCGAGGCCACGGCAAAGGACGCUGAAGAGGAGAAUCUACAGAACGCGAAAGCAGUAGCUACGCACCAGUACUUGACGGUGUUGUGCUUGGAAGUGCACGUCAUUACGAGAGGAAACCUUCUACCAGACCCGCAACAGGAUCCUAUUCAAGCUUUAUUCUAUGUGAUUCAAAGCGACGUAUCAAGCGCCUCGGAUCGUAAAGCUUUGGAAUGUGGUAUCAUCGCAGUGGAUGCUGACUACGAUGCAUCAAUGAAACGAUCGGGAUACCUAUUCGGCUCAGGUGUGACAUGUCCAGUAUUGUAUGCAGGCAAUGAAGAAGCUUUGUUGGAAAGCCUUGUGAAUUUGAUAAAUCGCCACGAUCCGGACAUUUUCAUCGGAUGGGAAAUUGAAAGUCUGUCUUGGGGCUACGUCUUCCAAAGAGCUUCUCGUCUGAACGUAAAGCUAACCACUCGAAUCUCACGUGUACCUAGUGCCAGAGGUACAAAAGACUCCCUUACCUCGGAUUUCGAGUCCCAUUCCGACAUCAAAGUGACGGGUCGAAUUGUUCUCGACUGCUGGAGAUUAAUGAGGCACGAAGCAGCGCUGUUGAGUUAUUCUUUCGAGAACGUGAUGUAUCAUGUGUUGCACGAGAGAUUGCCAGAGUCGUCGUUUAAAAUGCUGAAGGACUGGUGGAUGCAUCCUAGUCCAGGGCAACGGUGGAAAGUUGUGAGUUAUUAUCAUACGAAGAUCCUUGGCACUCUCAAACUUCUCGAACAACUGGACCUGAUAGGCAGGACCAGCGAGCUCGCUCGACUGUUUGGCAUCCAAUUUUUCGAGGUCCUCUCCAGAGGCUCGCAAUUUCGAGUCGAGUCGAUGAUGCUGAGACUGGCUAAGCCUUUGAAUUAUAUCCCGGUAUCGCCAUCGGUGCAGCAACGAGCCAAAAUGCGAGCUCCUGAGGCUCUACCUCUCAUCAUGGAGCCAGAGUCAACAUUCUAUGUUGACCCGCUCGUUGUUCUAGACUUCCAGAGUUUGUACCCGAGCAUCAUAAUCGCUCACAACUACUGCUUUUCGACGUGCCUCGGGAGAAUAGAGCACAUUGGACAGCCUCAUCCUUUUGAUUUCGGAGCGACCUCCCUAAAGAUUUCAAAAAGCACGGCUUUGAGAUUGGAGGGGAAGAUAAACUUCUCUCCUUGCGGCGUGGCUUUCGUGAAGUCGUCCGUUCGCCGAGGAAUAUUGCCCAGGAUGUUGAAGGAGAUUUUGGACACGCGGUUGAUGGUGAAGAAAGCCAUGAAGGAUCAUCCACAGAGCGACCGCACACUGCAACGAGCUCUUCACUCUCGACAAUUAGGACUUAAGCUCAUUGCCAAUGUUACUUAUGGCUACACGGCUGCGAACUUCAGUGGACGUAUGCCCUGCAUCGAGGUAGGCGAUAGCGUAGUAAGCAAAGGCAAAGAGACCUUGGAGCGUGCUAUUAAAUUAGUCGAGUCCACGCCGAAAUGGGGAGCUCGCGUUGUUUACGGCGACACAGAUUCCCUCUUCGUCCUCUUACCCGGAAAAUCGAGAGAGGAAGCCUUUAAAGUCGGAGCAGAAAUAGCCGACGCGGUAACAGAAUCCAAUCCAAAUCCCAUAAAGCUGAAAUUCGAGAAGAUCCUGCAGCCCUCGAUACUUCAGACUAAAAAACGAUACUGUGGCUAUAUGUACGAGACUCCUGACCAGGCCGAACCAGAGUUCCUUGCAAAAGGAAUAGAGACUGUUCGUAGAGAUGGCUGUCCUGCCGUUGGAAAGAUACUUGAAAAAUCUCUGAAGAUCCUCUUCGACACGAAGGACGUGUCCUUGGUGAAGCAGUACGUCACUAGACAAUUGGAUAAGAUCUUGCGUGGCAGCGUCUCAUUCCAGGAUUUGACCUUUGCAAAGGAAUUCCGUGGAAUGCGAGGAUACAAAGCGGCGGCCUGUGUCCCUGCCUUGGAAUUGACCAAAAGAUUGUUGAGAAACGACCCUCGUGCCGUUCCGAGGAACAGCGAGCGAGUACGAUACAUCGUGGUUGCUGGUGCACCGAACGAGCCUCUCAUUAAUUGCAUUCGCACGCCCUGGGAAUUGAUUGAAGACCCUGGCCUUCGACCCAACGCAACCUACUAUAUUACCAGGGUCAUCAUUCCUCCACUCAACCGAUGCUUUAAUCUCUUCGGAGUGGACGUCAACGCCUGGUACAACGAAUUGCCGCGACGCCAGACGCCUCGGAAGAGCGUUCCUUUGCCAAAGGACAAACAGAAAAUGACAAUUUCUCAGUAUUUCGACACGAUGGCUUGCGCGGUCUGCGGGAUUUGCUCGAGUAAAGAGAUAUGCGUGGACUGCGCCGUGGAGCCCAGUCGGGUUCUGGUCGUGCUACACGAGAAGAUACGUCAAGCGGAAAGGUCUUAUUGCAAUAUCGUGAAGAUUUGUCAGUCGUGUACUGGACGCACCGAUGCUGCCGACUGCGUGUCUCUGGACUGUCCGAAUUUAUAUCGCCGCGCCCAAUCCCGAAGGGCCUACGAGGGCACGAUUCGCCUGCAGCAGCUCAUAGAAAGCGGGAGUAAUCUAAACUUUUAAAAGGAUCCCUUCCCAAGACUUCCAGCAGCAUUCGCCUUCUCCAAAACGAGGUAUAAAACAAGUAGGGAAAAAAAAAGAGAGAAAACAACCAGAUCGCGGGAAGAAACGUCCGAGGGAAUUGACCAAAAGCGCACCGACUCUAUAUCUGCGCGACCCUAAUUUAAGCAAUUACACCCCUCAGUUACAUGCACACGGAUUUGCGUGAAAUUUUUUUCACGAACUACAUAUAUUUUUCACUUUCCGAAUUUUUACUCGUGGCCUCAACCGCAGUUAGAACGUAAUCGGCCGCUCGGCGGUGUCUUUUUAUUCCUCGUAAGUUGGAUGAGGGGUAAAGACCACUUAGCUGGUGAUCGUUAGGAAAUGAAGUGCGGGAAAUCGUCUUGGUUCCGCCGACUAACGGUGCAAAACCAGACAGGCGAUUUAACCCAGGAGCCUCCGAGGCGAGGGAACAUAAUGAUCAAAUUCUCUCAUCGCUUGUUCCUCCCCGUCGGCUUCACCUAACGUAUUUAAACCGGACUCCCGCAAGUCCGCUUGCUAGUUUUAUAUCGUGCUAAGAUUUUAAGAAAGGGCCUCAUGAAUUCCAAAGACCGCGUGGACGGAGCGGCUCGCGAUUCCAUUUGUAGAAAACUCUCCAACCCGAGCGGUCGUCAUAUCCCUUCAUUUUAAUCAAGGGGGAUGAACAAAUUCGCACCUAAUCGUACUUUAAACGCGGCUCGAGGUUUUCGAGCAGGUCGUCGAAAAAAAA